GCUUGUUAAUUUUGUUUUAUACUCUUGGUUUUUGUCGGCUUUUGUUGUGUUUUUUAUUCUUUAGUUUUUUAUUCUUUAGUUUUUCAUUCUUUAGUUUUUUUUUCAUAUUCGAUUUUUAUGCUUCUGUUUGAAAAAUGCGUUUAUUAUUUCUUAUUCCUAUAAUCUGCACAGCAAUUUAUUCUCUAUCAAACUCGCUAUUUCACUCUUGGUUACCAAACCACUAUAUCUUUGAUCCAAAAGAAUUGCAAGAAAUCUCUCAAUUAGUCAUCGACAGAAAUUUGAAUAACAGCACCAACGAUUUGUUGACCGAUUUAGCUCACGAAUUACAGUUGAAAUAUGGCAAAAAUCUAAUCAACAGUUUUAAUUACGAUGAAUGGGUGUUCAAUAAUGCCGGCGGUGCAAUGGGGACCAUGUUUAUUUUGCAUGCUUCUAUCUCUGAAUAUUUGAUCUUUUUUGGCACUUCAAUUGGAACUGAAGGCCACACUGGUGUUCAUUUUGCUGAUGACUAUUUCACGAUUUUAAGAGGUCAACAAAGAGCCUCUUUCUCAAAUUCCUUGUACCCUGAGGUUUUCAAGCCUGGAGACCAACACCAUUUGCCAAAAGGUCAUGUUAAACAAUACACUAUGCCUGGUGAGUCCUGGGCCUUGGAAUUAGCUCAAGGUUGGAUUCCAUCAAUGCUUCCUUUUGGUUUUGUUGAUGUGUUAUCCUCGACUUUAGAUUUUCAUAAUUUUGGCAAAACAGUUUAUUUAACUGCACUUAAUAUGGGUGUUAAUUUGAUCAAUGGGAAAUUUUAAUUUAAAGUUUUUAUUUUCUAUUUUUUUUUUGAAUGCAUAUAUUCUUUUUGAUUGCUUUUUUUGACUAGUGACUAUAAUUAUGAAUAUUAUUAUGAAUAUUAUAAAUAUGUCUAUAUAAUUAUAACUCAUACAUAUAUUCAAUCUUUUAUAAUAAGUUUACCGCGAAUAUAAUACAAAUAUCUUUAG